CAAAAAGCGCACGAGCGAAAAUUAUGGCGAGAAGCGCUGGUGACGUGUGCGACACUCGUUGUCAAUUAUUUCAUAAAGAAUUGAUAAGAAACGAGAACAGAAUACGAAUGAGAUGGUUCGUAAAGAAUCAAGAACGACUGAUAGAAAAUUUGAGAGAGCCGAAACUUAUGAAACGAGCCAGAGAAGCGAUCGAAUCCGCGAAGAAACGGGAGGAGAAAGUUCGCAUUGACAAACCCGCGGUGAAACGGAAGCCUUUGCCGCGCUGGAGGCCACUCGAACCCGACGAUUCUGUCAAUGUAGAUAUCAUGAAGCCGGUCGAUCCCAGUGUCCGAGCUCUGCUUUACGAGAAAAAAGUUCCGACUUUCAUCGCCGCCGACAGUUAUUUAACUGAAAGAUACAAAGAACUUCCGGAAAAGCGUUACUACUUUCCCGACUCCCAGAACUGGACGUACGGUUGGCGCCUCGGCGAUUUUCCUCCCGUCCCGCCGAGUAAACUGGGUCUGAAGUCUGUAAUGAUCGCGCAAUUUUAUCAGCGCACCUUCAAUCUGCUGCGGGAUCCGAAGUGGUAUCGCGGUUGUCAAACAAAGAACGCCCGGAAUUUCAACGAACUGUUGACAUAUUAAUUAUUUAUAGACGGGAGGA